AUGCAGAAUCAAACCGCUGCACCCUCCCUAACCAAGGCUGCAGAAACCAAAAGAACUUGGCGCCAAUUCAAGAAACAGGACCCUGCUGAAGCCGAGCGACUGAGGUUACAACAGAACGAGCACAAACGAAUAUCGCGUGCGAGGCAGAAGCUUGCACGACAGGGGCUCAAACAGCCAUCUCCCAGGCGCCUCCGCGCUGUAACACCCGAUGCAGACCCAUCACACUCUCAGGGUGCAGGGUCCUCAUCUGGAAAUGCCGCUGGCAGUGAAGAACCUCCUGCCAAGCGACACCGGGCUGCAAUAUGCAAUGAGGGCCCUGUACACCUGGCGCCAAGGUCUUCAUCUGAUGUCGCACCCGACACCGGUGGUCCCCCUGACAUUUCCGAGGGUCAAAGUGUUGCAGGUCCAUCUGACCUUGCUCCUGAUCAUGCAACCCUCCUGGUUAGUCCUCCAGCGCAAUCGCGUCUGUUCAGCCAUAUCUCUGUGGCCACAGAUCCUCCUCCUUUAACCUGUGACGUGGAGGUCAUGACGGAAUUUCCCUACACCGACCCAUCCCACUCUCAAAACGAUCCCACAGUCCCCUCAACCCUUUUGAUACCACCGAUCAAUGCCAAGGACCUUGCAACCGAUAUUAUUGGUGUUAAAGUGUCUGCACAUUCGGAGACUGUGAAAUGGUCUAGUGGGUUCACCACUGUACUUCCGUGCAUCUGGAAGGAUGGCUCAAAUAUAUGCCAAGAAGACGCGGAUACUGUACGGUAUUUUUCCGAACUUCCAGAAUCCGAUCCAGAGCGAUCACUAUACGUCGUUCACAUAAAUCACUCCGAUUGGAUAUCCCGAACAGCGGAGUUGCGCGAUGUCAUCUCCCAGACGCUUCGUGAAGGCAAAUGCAUCGUUAUUCGGGCGGUAGAAAGACCUCAGGUAGCACCACUUGAUUUGGACUACUUGGAAGAUCAGGGGUUCUCACAGUUUAUGCGUGUAUCUAUCCAUGAUGUAGAAAAACGUACUAAGGAUUAUACGCAUCCGCAAGUUGACGGAACGAUCGAAGACUUCCUGCGCAACUUGCAUAACCAAAACUGCAUACAGUUCAUCCUAGACCUUCCGCAACUAGAUCACGGCAUAGUGCAUGGAUGGAAUCAGACUACAACUGAUUACCCGAUCCAAGACCUGGUCCAUCCUGACAAUUUCCUCCUUAACGGGUGGUCUUUGCUUCAUCAACCUGCCGUCCUGACAAAUUUCCACCAUGAUUCUGAUGGAGGAGUCACCUUUGUGCAGUCGGUACUGGGCAAAAAAAAAUGGAUUCCGGCCUUCCCCAGAAAUCCAAACAUUUCUCGCACCAAAUUCACUGAACUUUCCCUACUGCUGACAAACCUUCUGGCUAACCGAACAGAAAUUGAAGCCAACUGGUACAUGGAGGUGGUCACUCUUCAAGAGGGGGAUUUAUUUAUACAACCACCUGGACAAUACCAUGCAGCCUAUACACCUACAGAGUCAUUCGCCAAGGGAGCCCACUGUCUGAAUCUUGAAUUUUUGCAUCACAGCGAGCUGUCUCGUUAUAUUGAUGCAAAGAAGGGUCAUUUCCUCACAAAUCAGGUUCAUGAACACUCCCUGGAAACGCUGGAGCGAAUGGUGAUUUAUCUGCCGCGCGCAUCUUGCCGCACCAAAUUAUUUACCAGGCCUCUCAUCGCUCUAUGCACCAUGGUCAUAGAUUCUCAUAAAUAUGUGGCUGUUGGCGCCAACAAGAAGAAAACUCUAAGGAACACCACCAAACCCGCACUCGUGAUUUCCAGAGCGAUUAUAAAAUAUUUCUGGAAGGAUGUGGAGACGGCAAUUUCGGUCUAUCGGUUUGGCUUGGAUAAACGCCGGAGAUCUCAGAGUCUAAUGCAUCCAGGAGACCUCAUAGACCGAAAAGAACUGGCAAUCUGCUUAAAACCGUUUACAGAAUUCUAG